GGCUGAGCAGAAGCUGUGAAUGGUGACAGCUCCUCGUAGACGCGUCGCUCCGCUGGUGAGCGUCCGCACGGCAGAGCGAGUGGAGGCUGAGGAGAGCGCACGGAGCAGGCACAGAUCCUCUGAUGCCAUGUUUAAUACCAAGAGGAACUGCAGAUUUUUGUGUUUGAUAAAAAAAGUAGCAACUCUACACCAGAGGCAAAGAAAAGCGUGAUUUUUUUUAUUAUUUUUUAUUUACUGGAGUGGCUGAGCGCGCAAAGUGACCAUGGCGCAUUUUACGCACUGCAGGUAGUCCGUGUUUUGGAGGUCCAAAAUAAACGAAACAUGGAUUAAACUGCAAGAUUUCGGCUAUUUACUCAAUUUAAGUUGAAAUGGCGGCACUUCGUAGAAAAUUUGGAGAAGACUACCAGGUGGUUAACACAAAUCAGGCUCCCAGUUUUGCUACUCAGGUCAAGAAGAAACGGCAGCGCUUCGUGGAUAAGAACGGCCGGUGCAACGUGCAGCACGGAAACCUCGGAGGGGAGACCAGCAGGUACCUGUCCGACUUAUUCACCACUUUGGUGGACCUGAAGUGGAGGUGGAACCUGCUCAUCUUCAUCCUAACUUACACCAUCGCCUGGCUGGUGAUGGCAUCGAUGUGGUGGAUCAUUGCCUACAUCAGGGGAGACCUGAACCACGGACACGACUCAUCCUACACCCCCUGCGUGGCCAACGUGUACAACUUCCCUUCGGCUUUCCUCUUCUUCAUCGAAACCGAGGCCACCAUCGGUUACGGCUACCGAUACAUCACAGAGAAGUGUCCGGAGGGCAUCAUCCUCUUCCUGUUCCAGUCGCUGCUGGGCUCCAUCGUGGACGCUUUCCUCAUCGGUUGCAUGUUCAUUAAAAUGUCCCAACCCAAGAAGCGCGCGGAGACGCUCAUGUUCAGCCAGGACGCGGUGAUUUCCCAGCGAGACGGCAGGCUGUGCCUCAUGUUCCGGGUGGGGAACCUAAGGAACAGCCACAUGGUCUCAGCCCAGAUCAGGUGCAAGGUCAUAAAGUCUCGCCAGACGCCCGAGGGCGAGUUCCUGCCUCUGGACCAGUGUGAGCUGGACGUGGGCUUUGGGACGGGUGCAGACCAGCUCUUCCUGGUGUCCCCUCUCACCAUUUGCCAUGAAAUCAAUCCCAAGAGCCCCUUUUUCGACUUGUCGCAGCGCUCACUCAUGAACGAACAGUUUGAGAUCGUCGUUAUCCUCGAGGGCAUCGUGGAAACCACUGGGAUGACGUGCCAGGCGAGGACGUCGUACACUGAGGAUGAGGUUUUAUGGGGCCAUCGCUUCCUGCCGGUGAUGUCCCUGGAGGAAGGCUUUUUCAGGGUGGACUACUCACAGUUCCACAGCACAUUUGAGGUGAACACUCCGCCGUACAGCGUCAAAGAGCAUGAAGAGAAGAACUCGUUGCCUUCGCCACUGUCCACUCCCACCCCCGCGCUGGCUGAGGGCCACAGCGCCCGGCGGAACCGGGUGUUUUCAGUGGAUUGCAUCAACACCACGGUGGAAAGAGCCCGUCAGGGAGGCACCGUCGGCCGACUGCCGAGCAAACUGCAGAGGAUGAGCUCCUCUGGGAAGGAGGACCUGCAGAGGAAGGUGCUCAUGCUGGGCUCUCAGCACUCGGAGAAGGCCUGCAGCACCGGGGACCUUCCCCUGAAGCUGCAGCGGCUCAGCUCCUCGCCCAGUCCUACGGCACAGAAUCGGCUGGAUCUCAAGUCCCUCAAGGUGGGCUUUGAGCCCAUGACACAGUCCACCGGAGACCUGUACCAACACAGCCCGCCCUCUGGGCUGUCUCCUGCUCCGGUCCCCUUGCACAGCCCUCUUCUGUCAGCGGGAGGGCGGCCGGAGGAAAAUCUCCCAGCAAAGCUACGGAAGAUGAAUGCCGACCGCUGAAACCCAGACAGCUGACAGGCGGAAAACAGACUCACGUUUAUCUGGGAGACUUUUAAAAGGGGGAGCAAAUCUUACCCUUUAUUGUUUUUUUUUUCAUGAAAACACAAUCUUUUACUGGAAUUACUGUGAUUGUGUGUUUCUUAGCGGAAGCAUUCCUGCAGACUUUGUUACAGACAAGACAAGAAAACACAAGCUUAAUGCUUUCUGCGAACUGCAUGUAUCCUCAAAUUCAUUGUUUUGCAGAUGCACUACUGUACUACAUGAUCAAUCUACGUUAUCCAAAUAUAAACUAUAUUAAGAUAAUAAUAAACACUGUUUUAUCUUU